AGCCCAAACUGAGCCAUGUGGGGCCCGCGGGAGCCCGGGCAGCGCUGGUGGCAGCGGGCGGUGCUGCGGAGGCUGCCCGUGCUCGGCUGGCUGCCGCGCUACUCGCUGUCCUGCCUGCGGCUCGACCUGAUCGCCGGCGUUACCGUGGGGCUCACGGUCGUGCCGCAGGCGCUGGCGUACGCCGAGGUGGCCGGGCUGCCCGUGCAGUACGGCCUCUACUCUUCCUUCGUGGGCUGCUUUGUGUACUGCCUCCUGGGCACCGCCAAGGAUGUGACGUUGGGCCCCACUGCCAUCAUGUCCCUGCUUGUCUCGUCCUACGCCUUCCAUGACCCUGCCUAUGCUGUGCUGCUCGCCUUCCUGUCUGGCUGCAUCCAGCUGGCCAUGGGGCUCCUGCACCUCGGUUUCCUCCUGGACUUUGUUUCCUGCCCAGUCAUUAAGGGCUUUACGUCAGCUGCUUCCAUCACCAUUAGCUUCAACCAGGUCAAGAACAUCCUGGGGCUGCAGGGGAUCCCUCGGCAGUUUUUCCUGCAGGUGUAUGAAACGCUGAGGAGGAUCGGGGAGACCAGGGUUGGGGAUGCCGUUCUGGGACUGUCCUGCCUGGCUGCACUGGCUGGGCUGAGGGCCAUGAAGAGCCGCCUGCACCCCGCUGCCAGCACGGAGCCACUGGCUACCAGGGCCAGCAUCCUGCUCAUCCAGAGCUGUGCCACAGCACGCAAUGCCCUGGUGGUGCUGGCUGCUGGCCUGGUGGCAUACUCCUUCCAGGUGAGCGGCUCCCAACCGCUGACGCUCACCGGCAGUGUUCCCUGUGGGCUCCCCCCGUUCCAUCCACCACCCUUCUCCAAGGCUGUUCCCAAUGGCACUGUGCCUUUUGGCAGGAUGGUGCAGGACAUGGGGGCUGGGCUGGCCGUGGUCCCCCUGGUGGGUGUGCUGGAGACUGUCGCCAUUGCCAAAGCGUUUGCUUCACAGAAUGAUUACAGGAUCGAUGCCAAUCAAGAGCUGCUGGCCAUGGGCACUGCCAACAUCCUGGGCUCCUUCUUCUCCUCGUAUCCCAUCACAGGAAGCUUUGGCCGGACAGCAGUGAAUGCACAGACAGGGGUCUGCACCCCCAUGGGAGGGCUCGUCACAGGCACCCUGGUACUGCUGUCCCUGGCCUACCUCACCUCGCUCUUCUGCUACAUCCCUAAAGCAGCGCUGGCGGCCGUCAUCAUCUCUGCUGUGGUCCCCAUGUUUGAUGCCAGGAUCUUCAGGACACUCUGGAGGGUUAAGAGGCUGGACCUCAUCCCCCUCUGUGUGACAUUUCUGCUCUGCUUCUGGGAGGUGCAGUAUGGCAUCAUGGCUGGCGUGCUGGUCUCAGGCAUCAUCCUGCUCUACUCCGUGGCCAGACCCCCGAUCAAGGUGUUGGAGCAAGGUGUGCUGGUCGUACAGCCGGGGAGCAGCCUGCACUUCCCUGCUGCUGACCACCUCCAGGACAUCAUCCGUGACCAAGCACUGGCGGCAGCGUCCCCACCGUGCUCUGUCAUCCUGGAUUGCCACCAUGUCAGCAGCAUCGACUACACGGCAGUGGUGGGGCUGGCUGAGGUGCUGCAGGACCUGCACAAGCACGGCAUCUCGCUGGUGUUCUGCAGCCUGCAGGACCCAGUUCUCCGAGCCCUGCUGGCCGCAGACUUGGAGGGAUUCCAACAUUUUCUCAGCUGGGAGGAGGCAGCACGCUGUAGCGAAGCGGAGCUGGGGGUCAGCAGGACAGCCUACAUUGACAGCACCGAUGAGAGCUCACUGCUGCCUGCAGGGCUUAUCCAGUGAAGCAGAGCUGCGGUGUGGGGCUCACUCUGUGCCUCAAGAGCUGCUCCCAAUGGCCCCAGAGGCUGCACAUCCCGUGCCUGCAAGGGCAGG